GUCUGGUUACGGGGUUCCCCAGGGACAGGGAAGACUGCGAUAGCUAUGAGCAUUGCAUCUGCCCUCAAAGCGCAGGGCACUCUGGCAGCAUCCUUUUUUUGGGAUAAAAACCAGGUCGGAACGGGCCUUGAUUCCAUUGAGCUGUUCCCUUCCACGCUGGCACAUCAACUCGCAUGCUUCGAUAGGGAGUUCAUGAUGUCACUUGUCAGGUGCCUUCGGCAGCAAGAUCUGCAACUGCCUCAGCAUCUGUCUCUGGAAAAGCAAAUGAAGGCUCUUGUUAUCGAGCCUAUGCGUAAUCUAAUGGAGAUAUUGCCUUCUGGAAAAGAUCGCCUCGUCAUCGUCUUAGAUGGCUUGGAUGAGUGU